AAUAACUAGAACCAACUACAAGCGUUAGCAGAAAAUGAAGUGAGAAGACACAAAGAAAAAUUAACAGCAGGAAAGACGGAAAAUGUAAUUAGAGGCGCGAGAACAAAUAAUCUAAAAAAAUAAGUAAUAAUAAAUUGAUAUGUAUAAAAUAAACUACUUAUAGCAUUUGAAAAAAAGUAACUAAUUGUGUAAAAGGCGAUUAAAUUUUGGUUUCUGUCGGGCAAUCUGCAAACGAACAAUAGCAGUUUUGGCAAUUAUAGAAGCUUGCUCCACUUUACAUAAAUAUAGUGACCACAUUGUGGCUGUACGCGCCAAACGACAUUACGAGAAGCUAUAGCUUAGCAGACAGCCAUGGUGCGUAGACGCACUACACGCGCCAACAAGGUUACUGCCGUAGGAAAUGCUAUUGUUGCGAAUGGGUUUGUGGCAAAUGGAGUGUCUGUUGUUGUGGCCAAUGGAAACUUAUUAGAGGACCAAUACUUCGCUAGCCCAAAACGGAAAGACUGCAAAAUUGACAACGGUCUUUUAGACGCACCUAAUGUACCUUCUGCAGUCCUAGUGCCAACAUACAAAGAAAGAGAACAAAACGUCGGUCAAAACGCUAACGUAGGUAAUAACAGCAAAACUAAGUCGGAGCGUGGCGGAAUCGUUGGAAAAACUAUUGGAGUUCCUCUUGCAACGCGUUCUCAGACUCGUACGAUUGAAAAUUUUUUCAAAGCAAAAACUGCCGCAAAGUCUGCACCAAUUUUAGAAACUGAAGAGAAGAAGACAAUUAACAAUUGCAACUUAAUUGCCAAGAAUUGCCCGUUGCCAAGAAAUGAGGUUAACAGUUCUCCAGAAAUAGUGCUCCCCAAUGAUAUUGACUAUGAGGACUUACAAUCGUCUCCACAUAUGCCCUUCACUCACAUAUCAACAGAUAUAUUCUUUGAUUUAAGUGAGGACACCAACGACACUGAUAAUACAGAGUUAUCAGAGGAAACUCUACCAUGCAUAAAUGGUGCUAGCUUUAUUAGCCACCGUUCGCAGCGCGAUAGUCAUUCGUCGCGUAGUAGUAUCACUGAUAACAUAUUCUUACAGGAGCCGGUGCUUACUCUAAAUGUAGACAAGUCUCCAAAUCAGGCCUCAUCAAUAAAAAUAAACAAAUCAAUUGAACUAGAGCCGAUAUUUUCUUCUCCCCCGACAAUUACAGCAGCUGCCUUAAAUGGACGUUUUAAUCAGAUUGUUUCAUUAAAUGGAUCACCUGGUAAGCGUGAUUCCUUUGGUUUCGAAUCAGUGCCUAUGAAUGGCUUUGCACAUGAAUCAUUGCUAGACAAUAAGAAUGUAUCACUCACUGAAGCUGGUGCCACGCAAACUCGUCGCAGGAAGCCCGCAACUCCACAUCGCAUAGUAUGCCCAUCACCGAUUAAAUCAGCAGCUCGAGUUAUUUCGCCGGCCCAUCCUGCUGUUAUACCUCCAGCAAACCGUAAAUCUGCUACUACCAAAGAGCAGCUAUCCCCACGUAAAACGCAGCGUCAUUUGGUCUCAGCUACCUCUAAGACACGCAGAAGACUGAAUCAACAUAAGGAACAAACGCCUUACAAUAUACAAACAACAGAUCUUGCACCCUUGCAAAAUGGUUACAAGCAGCAGCACAACCACAUUACGGCCGAUACUAAAAGUGUGACAACUGUUCCAGACGAUGAUGAUCCUGAUCAGGAAUUUGAGAAUCUUGAUCUGGUAGAGUCUUCGUGUUGUGCUCCUCUAAAUGGCCUUAAUUCUGCCACCACCAAAACUGUACUCAAUUCAGCUAAGCAUCCUACUGCCCAGCAAAACUCCACAAAUUACAAUAACAAUAAUAAAUUAAAUCAAGCAACAAAAACACAAGCCAAACCCAAAACAAAUGGCACACACAAAGCGCAACCAAAGAUCAAAAACCAAUGGCCGCUGCCAUUGGCCGCAACAAAUGGCAACCGUGAACUCAAGGAAUUCUUUCCAGUUCGGCGCAGCGUGCGUAAAACAAAAACUGCCGUUAAAGAAGAAAUUAUGCGCAACAUGGAGCAAGCCAUACUGGAGGAACGUGCUGACGGUCUUAAAAUAGCACACUUUGAGGGAAAAGGAAGAGGCGUCAUUGCAGAUAGACGAUUCAAACGUAACGAAUUCGUCGUCGAAUACAUAGGAGACCUAAUUGAUAUGAAUGAAGCAAGCGAGCGGGAAAAACGAUAUGCUCUCGAUGAGAACGCUGGCUGCUACAUGUAUUAUUUCAAACACAAAAAUCAGCAGUACUGCAUCGAUGCCACAGCCGACUCGGGCAAAUUAGGACGCUUGGUGAAUCACUCCCGUAAUGGAAAUCUAUCAACAAAAGUUGUAGUUGUAAAACAACGCCCUCAUCUAAUAUUACUUGCUAAAGACGACAUUGAAGAGGGAGAAGAACUGACCUACGAUUAUGGAGAUCGUUCAAAAGAAUCGUUACUACAUCAUCCUUGGUUGGCAUUUUAAGAAAGCUAUGAGCCGCUGUAAAUGCAAACUCGGCUGGCAAAUGGUAUUUGUUAAUAGAACUAAACUAAUUAAUCAAUCAAUCUAUUUAACAACAUCCAACCACAUACACUGCACCUACACAAUGACACAGAAAUUUCACAAAAACAAAAGCUAAACACUGCUAGUAUGAAUAAUUUAGUUAUUAACUAAAGUAUUUCGGAGUUGUCAGCUACGUAGAGGUACUGUACUACUUAAUGCCUUUGCUCUAUUAACGCAAAUGCAAACGUAAUUUAUUGUUUUAUUAGGAACGAAUUAGGUUACAUAUAUGAAGUAUAUUAAAUUGUUAAAAAAUUUGUUAGACUCUAAGGAAAGCACUGCACUAUGCAGGACAUGAGAAUGAAAGUAGGUAAGGAAGGAAGCUUAAAUCUAUUGACAAUUUUUUUAUGUUUACGCAUGAUUUUUAUGUUUAAUUAUACAAAAACAUUUUAUCAUUUAGUCCUAACAAACUAUUUACUUAGCAUAUAGAUUUGUUCAUAAUUCAGUUAUAUAGACAAGCAGCUAACUAUCUAGGUUGACUUAGCAUUUGAAAUUCUAUACUGUGAACUCCGUUUGAGCACGAUUAAUUGUACUUCACAUACCAAUGCUUUUCUUCCAGUAGGUGAAAAGUAUCAAAGCCAUAGUGUGAGACUUGAACCCACUAAAACUAUCAGUUAGGAAUAAAUGGAGAAGAUUUCCACACCAAUUUGGGAACUUCCUUUCAGUAAUCAGGGGAGAGAGAUGUGAGCAAAAGAUUUAAUACAUAGCGGACUAUGUUUAUCUAAGCCAGAACCAGAGGGUGGUAGCCUACCUAUGCUUUGGGAGAGGUGGUUCAUUUGUCUCUGUUAGAAAUGUAGCUAUUAUUCUCACGCUGUUGAUACUUUAAGUCUAACAUGGAACUGAAGUCUACUCCAUAACUGGUGUAAUUAGUUGCAAAUAUAACUUGUUUUUGAUAAUAUGUUCAGAAACUGUUAUCACAUAAAGUGGUAGUUCCUCUUUAGUUUCAAGAAAUACUUUGCUCGUUACGUUUAAAUUUUAAUUGUUGUUUUAAUUGGUGUCUUGUUUAAAAUGUCAUAUAUGUCUUAACACUUUAUCACAGAUAUAAUUCUUAUACAAUAUAAUUCCUACUUAUCGAAUGCAAUAUAGUUCAUAAUAUGUUACUAUGUUUUUAUUUUAGAUAUAUGUGUAUCUACAAUCCAUUACCGUCCUCAUCAGCUAGAUUUGUAUUUGUCGUGAGCAUGACUGAAUAGUUUUAUUGAUUAUUUACUUAUUUUGCAUGUAUUCAAUCGGGAAAGUAAAAUAUUUCCUAAUCAGUGAUUCUAACGGUCCGCUUCAUGCUUUAAUCAUGUCAAGGUCGGACCUCUAUCUGCUUCUGUUUCUUGUUGCUGUCCACCAGUUAAUAGCAUUAUUUCUCCCACCCUCCAUUACAGAUAAGGUUCUUGUUUUUAAUUGCUUUAUUUAUGUCAUUGCUAGAUUUUGUGCUUUAAUCUAGCUGUGUAAAAGAUUUAAUUUUUAGGAAUUUAAAUUUUGCUUUUUUUAAUGUGGACGUUGUUAAGCUCAUCGUAGGAGUUUAGUUUCGCAGCAGGUAAUGUUCUAGUUCCCUUGCAAUUUAUUUUAAGUUAAUUCCUUAUCGUUAUCAAAGUUUCCUUGGUUUUUAGGCUACAAUAACAAUAUGACAAUAUAACAUAUUAAAGGGUCUCAUAUCGAUCCUUCAAAAGCAAUGAUAGAGCUUUACAGAUUUUUACCCUGUAUCUGUCUUUAUUCAUUUUAGUCUUUUUAACGGUUUCUCAGUUAAUUGAGUUUUCUAAACUUUCUAAAAGCUUUUAUAGGAAAUCCACUUCUUAUAAAAUGGUAGGCAUGUUUACAAUCUAUAUUAUGUUUACCGGUAUAGAAAGUGGUAUAGUACUCGAUCAUCUCUUUUAAAAUCUUUUGAAUAAUAGAAUUUUCGUUUAUCGUUAGUCUGUCAACAGUGAACCUACUCUAGUAUUAGCCGACAUAAUGAUUUUAUUUGUGUCAUUUAGGAGACAUUUGUUAUUGCCUAUAUCAGAUAUAUUUAUCGUAAAUUUGGCUCCGCAACUUAAAGUGAGCUUUGGCUUUCCAUUUCUCCCUUGACAAUGUUUUUUUUUCACCCUUCCAAUUGUGUUUUCGAACUAGCGUCAGAUAGAGUACUGUGUGCUAUGUUACAUAUGUAUAUUUUCAUAAAUAUUAUAAAUAACACCCGUUCUUAGCCUCAUCUUCCUUGUAUACGUGGCUUUAACAAACCUUCCUCUCCCAUCAGCCAUAACCUAGAUAUCCAUACGGGUUGAUUAUUACACUACUUCCCCACUUUACAAUGACUUUAUACGAUUUGGAUUUGUCUCCCAUUUUCGGUGCUACACAGUCUCAACCACGAGUUAGCUGCAGUAUACAUAUUGAUUAUACAAUAGAUAAGUUAUAAUUUUUAGUGCGGUUCUGCCAUAAGUGGUACCUGCCUGGAUCGCAAUUCUCCUCCAUUGCUAAUACUUAUUAAUCUGUUAUUUUUAAAGCACUUAUUUUUUCCAAAACAAGUAUUCUUGAGAUUCUUGAGGAUGUUUAUAUAGUUUAUAUAGUAAGGACACAUUUUUGUCCUUUUAAGUAAUCACAAAUUUAUUUUUUAUUUUGUACGUUACAUUAGGUUAAUAAUACACAAUUUUGCAUACUCUACGCAGACACACUCAUACCCAUUUUUCACAUUUGAUUAGUAAAAAAUUAAUUAAUCAAAAAGCGAGGAAAAUACUAAAUAUAUAUUUUAGAUGCAAUAUUAUAUUUAAAACAAUUUAUCUAGAACAAAAGCUUUGAGAGACAAUUUUAUGAAAGACAAAUGUUGUAGCAAAAAACUUGAAUCGAAGAAUUGAAAGUGCUAUAUAAUAUCACUAUUUUGACUUUGACUUUGUUUUAUAUGAGAAUAAGUAUUUGCAUGCAGAUUUUUUUUAUAUAUGAGAAGUUUUAUUUCUUAUAACAUUUUUUCAUUUAUAACUAAUAUUUAUUAAUAAUUUUAUUAUCACUUUUUGAGCAUAAGAAAUGAAGCUAUUAUGUAUAGCGCAAGUAAGCAGCAGAGAUACUGCGAAUUGUUUAUAAAAAUUUACUUAAUUUAGUGGACGGCCGUAGCUGGGUCGAUAUCGAAGGAAACUGUACAAUAAACCAUGUUAAAAAUUAUAUAUGGAAAAGAUGACUCCAAUAUUAUUCAUAUUAAAUUAA